AUCUAGGCUAAGUCGAUCUUUAGGUCCAGGCCGGCAAAAGAAUUAAUCUGAUCUACAUCUAGGUAUGGGAUUGUUGAAUUCGAUGGUCAUUGUAGUUGUACCUCCUUCUAUUUUGGGUGAUACUUCUUUGCCAUUGUGGAAAAGUAGUCUUUCAGCGGCGGAAGGAUAUUUUUAUCUGACUAAUAAUUAUGUUUCUAUAUCUUUGACCAGUAUUUGGAAUCUCAAGAUGAUCUAUCCUUUUACUCCCAGCAGCCUCGCCGUCCUGUUCCAUUCUUCCACGAUACAAACCCCGACUCGGGAUCGGAAAAGGCCUCUCCUUCCGACAGAGAACCUGUGGCUUCCCACUACCGUCGCAUGGCAAUGCAACACCCGCCCGCCACCUACGUCCUACUCUUCUUCGCAGCCUUCUUCGCCGCCGCAGCCCGUAUAGCGUCCAAGCAAGGCUGACAAGCCACCUCCUGCUGCCACACGUGUCGGACGACCUUGACGCCAAAACACUGAUGGUACGGAUCCGUGCGCGCGAAAU